CAUUAUUAAUCCCUGAGUAGGGGAGAGUUACUGUCCAAUCAAAUCAAAUCGAGGAGGCAAGGAGUGAAGCAAUCUGCCUCCACUUUUAAUUUUACCGAAUCAUCUCUCCCCUGUCUUUCUCGCUUUGAGCCUCCCCUCCCCUCGGUCGUCUUCUCGGUAAGCUACUAGGAGCGGAAGCCGCUUGCCUUUCACGUCCGUCUAUGCGGGCGUGAGGCGUGGAAUCCAAACAACAAUGGCAGCUCGGAUGACGCUAGGUUUGGACCGCUCCGCUGAUCUGUAGGCAUUGGGCGGCGCGGCGGGGGUUGUCGUUGGGAUGGGAUCUGGAAGCAGCAAGGGCGCCUUGGAGGUGGCGUCUUCGUCGUCAGGCGGGGGCGAGGCGAAGAAGCGGAAUGGGAAGUGGAGGGGGAGGAGCCUGCUGCCUCUACCGAGCUCCUCCUGCUUCCGAGGCUUCACGCCGGAGUGUGAUGCUUCCUCAACGCCGCCGCCGCCGCCACGGGUCGAGUCUAGCAAGGGAGGGGACACUGCAAGCCUGCCUUCAGUUCCUCACAUUGACAAAUCAGAUGAUGGUGCUCCUACGGUUCCUAAAUCUCAUCCAAGUGAAGGCAGAACGGUGCCUUCAUCAGAUAGCGACAGAGACCAAGAUGAUGACAUAUUGCAGAAUGCCACUACCACCAGUAUCGUGGUCGAGGAAUACCAGUCACCAAAUCCCUCUGACAGAUCGCGGCCAUGUUUUGGAGUCAACUUUGGGUUGAGCAGAGCUGUCAGCUUGGGAUCAUCAGUGGCAUGCUCCAUUCUGUCAUCUGGACUCUCCACUUCAGUUAAUCCUGUUGGAGGCCGUGGAAAUGUGGAUCAUUCUUCUGUUGCGAACAUCUCGCAACAAAGUGGCCCAUCGACUUCUGGAAUUGAUUCAACUCUGGAUAUGCUUCGAGAUAGCGUCACAACACAAGCUAGAGCGGCUCAUCAGGCUAGGAGAACUUUGAUGGAAUCUGAAGAUGCUAGUUUGAGGUAUUCAUACAGAAGGAUGGGGUCCCAGGAACCUUCCGAAGGAAGUGUUCGGUUUAGCCGAACACUAAGUGUUGGAAGGCUUCGUGACAGAGUUCUCAGGAGGACUCCACUCUCAGAUGGUUUGUUCACCCCUUCACUUCUUUAUGAUAGGCCAGUGUGGCCAGCAGGAAAUGCUAGUGCGAGGCAAGAUUCAUCAGUGAUGCAAAGGACUAAUUCAGAUAGAAGGUCUGAACUGCAAUCAGACUCUUCAACUAGCAUGUACACUCCUGGCUCUGGAACUAUAAGAGAGACCAGUAAUCGGGAUCUACUUGAGCGCAGAUCAGCUUUUCUUGAGAGGAGGAGGAGAAUAAGAUCUCAGGUACGAGCUCUCCAAAGAUUGGGUGGCAGGUUUGAAAAUUUAUCAGGUCAUGAGAGAUCAUGCAUUCUAUCUGGCCAGCAUAGAACAGGAAAUUGCAACUGUAGAACAAGCACUAGACCAGGUAAUUCUGAUGAAGAGACCGGCACAAGGGCUAGCAUAUCAAGAAUUGUUAUGCUAGCAGAAGCACUCUUUGAGGUUCUGGAUGAAAUCCACCAACAGUCUGCUGCUUUAUCCUCUAGGCCAUCGUUUCCUUCAAUUGGAUCUGUUCCUGCUCCAAAGGAGAUUGUUGAGUGUCUUCCUGUCAAGGUGUACAAGAAGCCAUUAAAACAACAAGCUGAUGAGGCGGCACAAUGCUAUAUUUGCCUUGUUGAAUAUGAAGAGGGAGACUGUGUUCGCGUACUUCCGUGCAAUCAUGAAUUUCAUCUAACAUGUGUAGAUAAAUGGCUGAAAGAGAUUCACAGGGUUUGUCCACUUUGUCGUGGCGACGUCUGCAGAUCUGAUUCAUCGAGCAUGGUGAAGCUCGGCUGAUUCUUUGUCUCUUAAGGAUCCAGCUUGGGUGGGAAAUGGAGCUUCAGACGGUUGUUCUCUGAUCCAACUCAAUAGGACCUGCAGUUUGUGGCGGGUGCAAUUCAUUUUGUUUCUUCACCAUCUGGUCAGAACAACUCAGGAUGCUCAUGUUAUGGCAAAUUUGCAUCGCAGUCGUCCCAUUAUAAGACCGAUGAACUGCCAUGUAAAUUUCAGAUUGUUGUAUUUUUCUUUUUUUGGGUGGUGGUGGGGGGGGGGGGGGGUGUUAUGUUGAUAUCUGUUGGUAUUUCGGUUUACCUUUUCUUUUAGAGUGAUGUUUGAAAUUAGCCUGGCCGUGACUAUGCUGCGCCAGGAAAAAACUGUCACAUUGUGACUUUUUGUGAUGCAUGGCUUUCACGAGAAAACUGUGGUCUUUAUGGUAAGGUUAUGUUGCGAAAUUA